UCGAAGUCAGUUUUUCACUUGUGUUGAGUACAGUAGAUGCAGCCGUGCACACAACCGCCACCGUCAUGGUAAGCAACGGAUUGAAGCCAAGGCGGACAUCCUUUUCUGUGUGUGUGCGCUCGAUGUCAGUCCGCCACGGCCAUCUGCAGCUGCAGCGAGUGGCGCCACCUCCCUCAGCCGGCGCAGUUUCGGCGACUCGCGCUCCUCGCAGUCGCAGAACAUCAAGCGCUGCUGCGCCGAGUACAAUGCCGCCCGGGCAGAACUCGAGAGCAUCCACAACAAACUCAAGUACGUCCGUCCGUCCACGAUCGCUACGCUACGCCGCCCAAGAGGCCCGGACCAACACACGCCCUCCCUGUGUCAUGUGUCAUGUCAGGGCGGCCAGCACACAAGAGGACCGCCAGUCGCUGGACGAGCAGAUGGCGGCCUCCCGUGAGCGAUUCUCGAGGGCCAAAAGUGCGAUGGAGGAGAUCCUUCGGGUCAUGGAGCAGGCCAAGAGCGGCUUAUCGCAGCCUGGACGGACCAGCGAGGGGUGCAAAGACUCACAGCAGGAUGGUGCUCCAGCUGCUGCAGCUGGUGGUGUGGCAGCUGCUUCGUCCGCGGCCUUGGCAGCUGAGCCGGUGGCGGGCGGCGAGGACGAUGCUGCUGAUGGAAGUGGGGGGGCAUCGCUGCCUCGACUGAGUGUAGGUGCAGGUGAGCAGGACGCAGGGCGGCAAUGGAGAAACGGUUGGGUGGAUGGAUGGACUGGGUGUGUCUGUGUGUGGGGUUCGGCCUCCAUGCCCUGCAGGUUCAGGUUGUGUAUCGUGGUGCUCGCUGGGCGAUGGGCGUAUCGCCUUAGUGUCUGACGGUCUGCAUCUGCAGGUGCACCAAUGCCGGCGCAGAUCAUGGGAGCUUAUCGCAUCGAUGAAGGUACAUUCAUUCGCUGACACGGUGGCGGCCAAGUCAAGUCAGCCCGUUCACUUAUUGCCCUCUUGUCUGUCUUGUUCUCUCUCAGCUCCCUUUCGAGACUGCCCCCUCCUCUGUGAGCUGUCAUCGGCUGUCACCCCGGCAGAUCGUCGUCACAUCACCUGCUCACAUGGCCGUCUUCACUCUCUCCACCGAACCAUCGCCGCCCACACUCUCCCAGGUCUUCUUCGUGCCCCUGUCUUCGCCCGUUCUCGCCCUGACGGUCACUGAGGGGCGGCGGGAGGACGGAGGGCCUCUCCUCGCCACUCUCCAUGAUCCUGGCAAGGGUGACAUGGUGGAGCAGGGGAGGGAGUACACUUGUCGGGUGCAGCUGUGGCAUGGCGACGGCAGCCCCUCUAGCACCCUCAUGUGAGCAGUGAGCCCACAGAUACGAUUGAAAGAACCAUGCAGCCCUGGAUCCUUCACUGCGUGUUCGAUGCUCAGCUGCGGCCCUUGGCGUGAGAUUGUCCUCGAUGGCGACCCCGGCUCCCCGUAUGAAGGCACACUGACCUUUCAAUCGACAUCUGCGUGGCAUGAGAGGGCAGAGAUUGUCCUGCUGGGGGCGGUGUGGACGAAAGAGCAGGGAAGAACAUUCGCAUGGUGGGCGAGCAUCGUCAAUCGAUCGAGCCAGCCCCGUUCGUUGUCUUCAUGUGAGGGUAUGUGUGUGCGCAGGGUCGGUGUGUCGCGAGGAGAGGGAGGGGAGGGAGAUGGCCUGUGGGGCGACUGCCACCUAGGGAGAGUCGACAGGUGCACUCCCAAGAAAUGACACACACCCAACCUUCAGCAGACGGGCACGUGUCUCUGUUUCUCUCUCUCUCUGUGGCAGGGUCCAUUUCCCCCCUUCCACCCCAUCCAUGAAGAGCCAUCAGCCGGCCAGAGCCUCUCAGCCAACAUGGGACGGCUGGCCGAUGGUCGUGUCCAUCCCAUCCGAUACCACAGACACAGGCACCCCUCCCGCCGUCCGCAUCCUCCCGCCGCCCCCCUUCUCCCCCACCCCUUUGUGCCACUACGCCGGCGUCCUUCUGGCCAAGUCCACAGAGGCAACGCACCUGACCUUAGAGGCCCUGAUGGUCAGGCGAGUGGCGGAGGGUGCAGGAAGUAUGGAGGUGCUGGACGAGAGGAUGGUAGUGAGGGGCGGGGGAGAGGGGGGCCGUGUGUUUGGUCGGCUGGUUGAUCAGGAGGAGACACAGGGGCCGAAGGAGAGGCCGCAGCAGCAGCAGCAGCAGCAGAUGUUCGACCCGGUCACCCUCAGGUCGGCAGAAAGAAGGAGCAGACGAUGGGUGGAUGGUCAUGUAUGCGUGUCUGGUCUUCCUUUGGCAUCAGGUUUCAUAGCUUCGAUGUGACGGCUGGUUCGUAUGCGCGCUGAUGGAGUGGUGGACCCGGGUGCACAUGUGUCUUCCAUGCGUACCAUUGAUUGACGUGCAAGGUCUCUAGACUAUCAUGACGAGGGCGAGGCAAAGUUGCGACAGGCAGCAUCGAUGCGUCAACGCAG